AGCAGCUGCUUCUGGCAUCUAUCUGUAUGGAAACAAGUUCCUGGAUCCUAAUGAUUUUGGAGUUGUUCGUGUGGGCCGAGCCAUUGCCACUUGUUCACUGAUGAAUCCAUGAGCACCCAGGAACAUGGAGAGCAGAGACUCUGGAGGGGUAUCAGUCUCCCUGCACCUCACUUGCAUUAUAUAUCUGUCACUUCAGGCCACAAUCUCCAUCAUUUACAGACCCCCAGUGACAGCAGUUAUCAGCUAUGACUACCUCACCUCUCUUCGGAGUGUCCCGUACGGAUCAGAGGAGUAUGAAUUCCUCAAAUCACAGGUGCACCUGCGCUCUGCUGAGCGCCUCCGGGAGUUGUGCUGCUCCAACCGAGGCACCUACAUCAAGGUGGGACAGCACCUGGGAGCGCUGGACUACCUCCUGCCUGAGGAGUACACCCGCACCCUCAAGGUGCUGCAUAGCCAGGCCCCGCAGAGCACCAGGCAGGAGAUUGAGCAAGUUAUCCGUGAGGAUCUGGGCAAAGAGAUAAAAGAGCUCUUUGUGAGUUUUGAGGACACUCCCUUGGGAGCAGCAUCACUAGCCCAGGUACACAAAGCAGUGCUGCAGGAUGGAAGAACGGUGGCAGUGAAAAUCCAGCACCCCAAGGUCCAAGCUCAGAGCUCCAAGGAUAUUUUGGUCAUGGAGGUUCUCCUCUUGGUUGUGAAGCAGAUUUUUCCAGAUUUUGAGUUCAUGUGGCUGGUGGAAGAAGCUAAGAAGAAUCUGCCUUUGGAGCUGGAUUUUCUCAAUGAAGGCAGAAAUGCUGAGAAGGUUGCUCAUAUGCUCAAAAACUUUGACUUCCUGAAGGUCCCCAGGAUCUACUGGGAUCUCUCCACAAGGCGUGUCCUUCUCAUGGAGUUUAUGGAAGGGGGACAAGUGAAUGACAGGGCCUAUAUGGAGAGGAAUGGCAUCAACGUCAAUGAGAUCUCUCGCAACCUGGGGAAGCUCUACAGCGAAAUGAUCUUUGUGAAUGGCUUUGUGCACUGUGACCCACACCCAGGCAAUGUGCUAGUGAAGAAGUGCCCAGCCUCUGGCAAGGCUCACAUUAUCCUCCUGGAUCAUGGGCUCUACCAGGUGCUGAGCGAGUCAUUCCGCAUGGACUACUGCCGCCUUUGGCAGGCCCUCAUCAAGGCCGAUAUGAGGAGCGUGCAGAAGUACAGCCGGCAGCUUGGGGCAGGGGAUUUGUAUCCUCUCUUUGCCUGCAUGCUGACUGCCAGAUCUUGGGAGUCUGUCAACAGGGGCAUUGACCAGUCACCAAUCUCUGCCAGCGAGGACAUGGAGAUCCGGUCCAACGCUGCUGCUUACUUGCCCCAGAUCACCCAGCUCCUCAACAAUGUUCCCCGCCAGAUGCUGCUUCUGCUGAAGACCAACGACUUGUUAAGGGGGAUUGAGUCAGCCCUGCACACACGGGCCAGUGCCAGCUCCUUUCUCAACAUGUCUCGCUGCUGCAUCAGAGCUGUUUCCACGUACCAGAGGAGCAAGAGUCACUCGCUUUACAGGAGGGCCCAGAUCUCACUCACAGAAACCCUAAGCCUGUGGCAGAUCAACUUAUAUGAACUCUUUCUGUGGCUGAAGGGGUCCCAGCUGGGGAACUGGGUCAUUGCUCUCCUGAGACGGAUGCACCAUUUGACGUACUGACAUGAACUGGUGGGAGAAGCCCAGGUGCUCCCUCCCUCCAUUCUCCCUUCUGCUUUCCAUGGCACAUUUGCCUUUCUGACUAUUUCUGUCUAUUUUUGGGUCUUACUCCACAUUACACACUGCAUUGUCCUUUUCUUCUACAGCAUUAGCUUCCUCUGUGGCACAGAGAGGUUGAGUUGGUACCAGAGCCCUAUUGUUUUCUGGUUUAGGAAAAGUGGGUGCAUGAUACCUUGUGCCAGGAAAGACAGGAAAGGAUACCUUCUUUCCUCAUUUGUGCAGGUUAAAUUCCACUCAGAUUCUAGUGGGAUUGUGCUGGAAGCAAAUGCCUCUUCAAUUCUUUCUUGAACAAUAUUAAAGAAUUUAAGAGAAUCCAAACCCUACCUAGAAUGCCUCAAAAUUUCUCAGACUCUCAGAGGUGAUAAGUCCCUUUAAAAUGCAAUGGGGUUUAUAUUAGUUUGUGCAAUCUCCUUAGUCUGAUUUCUGUUUAGCUGUGCAGAAGGUUUCUUAAAGGAGUGAGACUUUGUGGAAAGGUGUCACUAGGGUUUUCUCUUCCAGCACCAGGGAAAGAGGGCUCAAAUGGUGAGAGUGGUGGACUGGGAGUUCCUAAGGUUCAUCUCCAGUCCUGUUAGCAAGUGCUUCUGUUUUUGGACUUCUUACCUGUUUUUGCAGGUAAAAUGGGGGAAGGGGACAGUGAUCUUGCCUCUCUUCUGAAAUUCAGGGAAGGUAGUAGGAAUGACAACUCAGGGCUCUGAAACUGCUGGUAAUGUAUGUGUACUGUACAAUUCUUCCACACAACAAAAUAAAUGCGUUGUAUUGAA